UAGAAAAUGGCGGCGAGGAAGAUGGCCAUUUUGAAGUUUUAUCAAAGAGCGCUUUUGAAUCAUCAGUUGGAUUCAAUAAAAUGGACGAGUUUGAUUAUUUGGAAACUGGAGAACUUCAAGAACAAGCCACUUUUAAUUUUUCAGCCAUGAUGAGUGAGGUACUUAUCACAAAGCCCACAAGAACACCAGCAACUCAAAACAUCACAAAUCCAUACAAGACCAUCACAAUCUCUUCCAUUUCAAUGCAUGACUGCCUUGUGACCAGUAUUUCAAGUCAAGAUGAUUUCUGGGUGCAGUUGGCUGAGAAUGCUUUGGAGCUUGAAGAACUUAUGCUUCAAAUUUCAUCUUCAACUAAAUUAGUUCAAAUGCCUCUUCCCAAAAUUGGAGACCCAUGUUUAUUCAUGGUGACACCUGGCCUAGUUCUCAGAGGACUCAUUGUGGAAACUGAUUCAUCACUAUCAGUGUCUGUGGUGGCAGUUGAUUUUGGAUGCAUCCAAGAAGUUCUUCCAAGAGGCCAGGAGAUAAAAUGCUCAAUAAAACGCUACUCACGAAAUAUGACGCAACAGUGCAUUGACAGAAUCACUGAACAGACAGCAACCAUCAACAACAGCACAUAUCCCAUGAUAUUCCUAGAAGGCGACUCCAGAAUGAGGGCCAUCUUUGACUCCUUCGCAACCAUGAUUCUUGGGAAACCCAUCAGGACCAGUGAUUCACCACAGGUUGGACUUCGGCCUUACAAGAUAGCUGUCCAAACAAGUGGGCGUUUAAAAUUGAUUUACCACUAUGCCAGACUUCAUCAGCACACAGCACUGGACCCACACAUUGACCCUUUGCUGAGUGAAGUAUUCAAAGGGGGUAAACGGGUCAUGGGGGUUUUCAACCUAGCAUAUGACAGUCUUUUCCCUCCCCCAAGGUUUCAAAAAGACUUUGAAAAGUAUUUGCAGCACGUGAUGAAGCCAUGGGAGAAUGCCAAUGUGAAGAGUGCUCUUUGGAUGGACAUUCCACCCACUAAUCCACCCUUUGGGGAACCUGGGCUAAAUCAAGAAAUUCAAAGACCCAAAACGUCGGCAUUGUCAAAGGACGCGACGAGGGAAGAAAGUGCGGAGUCUAAAUCCAGUCCAGAUUGUUGUUGCACACACGAUGGCAGGUCGGCAGAAGUGUUGAGGAAAUCUCCACGAUGCAUGGUUUGGAACGAGGAAGUGGACGUCGGGAGAACCGGAACAACCAACACUUCCUUCCCAGUUUUCGAGUGGUUCCGCUUGUGCGACGACAAAUGGCCGGAUGUCCGGAACCUACUUGGCACACGGAAUGAUUCGAUGCGGAUUGCUGCUGCUGGGUACGUUCCGGCGCUGAAACCCGAACAGGUUCAGCUGCAGAAGUUGACGAAGGAAGAGGAGGAGGAGGAGGAAGAGAAGCAGGUGGAUGUGGAGGGAGAACAGGUCAGCAACAUCGCUGUCAAGGCCGAUACACAGCUUUACAAACCUUCAAGCAUCCUCGACGCUGGAAAACACAGGGACAAAGCGGGCAACGAAUCUCCCCGCCUGCUUCCGGAGUCCGAGAACUCGCCAGGGCACCCAGUUUCCGGUCCCCAAGUUGAUCCCAAUGCAGCCUCCGGAUGUGCAGCUUUAAAUUGGCCUUCAUCGCGGCACGAAGAUGAUCCUGUCGAAAAUAAGGAAACCUUCGGCACUGAAAACAACUCGGAUCACGAAAUGAACGAAAACUGUCGUGACACGCAGUCUAGAUUAAUGCAUUCAUCAUCAACUGAUCGACAAAUCGAAAUACAUAAUGAACUAACCUUAAUUUGUUCGGACUUUUCGAACUCCUUUCCACACAACUUGCACUUGAACACUUCGUCCUCCAAAUGUUUGGGAGAAGAUUAUGCGAUGGAAACGUGUCGAGGACUCACUUUCGAAAGGGGUUCAACAACAGCCUUUUCCGCUGCACUUUCCUUGGGUUCUGAUUCCACUGGCAGCAAUGCUUCGUCGGAUGACGAGUACAAGACUAGCUUCCAUGGUCCAUCGUUUCCUUCGUGCGAUUCACGAAAAAGCUCAAACGCGCGUUCACAAUUCUUGGAAUCGAUCAACGUCACGAGGUCCAGUUCGUGA